AUGGGGGCUUAUUACGACGAAAUCGAAAUCGAAGAUAUGGCAUGGGAUGAGGUAAAAGGUGUCUACCAUUAUCCCUGCCCCUGCGGUGACCGCUUCGAGAUCUCUCGCAAGCAGCUUGCCAACUGCGAGGAUAUCGCGACAUGUCCGAGCUGCAGUCUGAUCAUUAGAGUUGUCUAUGAUCCACUUGAUUUUGAAGACGAAUCUCCAGAUGACGAGGGGUCUGCAUCGCAGGAAAGUGAAGAAGAUGAGGAGGAAGAUGACAAUAGCGACGAUGACCAGUUCGAGGAUGCUCUUGAGAAGCUUACUCUGACAGAGCCAUCGGCAGUGUUGGUUGCAGCAGCAGCAGCAUAA